GCUCACUACUUCGUCUCCGCCCCCAAACAUCAGACUGCUGCUGCUGCUGCUGCACUGACCCCGCCGGCCAGAUUCAGAGCCACUGAUAUGUCCGGACUUGGAGGCUGACCCAGGUGGAUGUCCGAGACCGCGCUCCUCUGCUGGCCGCCAGGACAAUACCGACAUUGCCACCACAAUGGACGCCAGGCCUGCCGAACACGAGACCAGCAGGGAAGCAAAGCUGUUUGCGAUAAUAGGGAAGAAGGACUUCGAAAUCGAGGAACUCCAGAACCAGAAUGCUGCCUUGCGCGCGCAGCUGCAGAGCCCCACUCGCCCACCAGCUGCCGCUCGUGGCCUCGCUGAGAAUGACACUCAACUCGCUUCCGGCGCAGCUGGCCAGCUGGUGGCGCAUGCAGGUCGAAAGGUGCACGCCAGGCCAGCUGAGGCCGACUACGAGGCACUGAAUCGCAUGUAUGAGGAGCUGGACUGGAGAUACAAGAGUCUCGAAGCGCUACAUCGUCGCUGCGAGGGCAAGAUCAUCGCGCUUGAUGCCAAAUGCAAGGCCUACAAAAGUAAAGCGUGGCAGUGGAAAACAUAUGUUGAUCGUCAAGAAGCAGAGGGACGAAUCCCACGUCCGAGCACGUCGAGCUCCGGAAAGGCUGACCGGCGAGCUGGUGUCGUAACCUCAGCAGAGGCGCCAUCAGCAGAUGUGGAUCGCACGCCGCGGCCAAACUUGAAGGCGGCAGAAGGCACCCAGCGUCGCGAGCAGCCGGCACCUGUCUCUCCGGCAAGGCAAUCAAGCCCACCACAUAUGCAGGGCUAUAUACGGCAAGAGCAGCCCCAAGUCUCCCAGCCGCUAAUUGGAUCAAGUCAGACCACCGAUUCUGUCGACGAGGAAGCUCAGCUUCGACCUUCGAAUGCUCGGAUGGAGAUUCCGGACAGUAGCGACGAGGAGCCUGAACUGAUUUCGGAACGCUGUCUGAAGCGGAGAGCGCCACGGUCUUCGGCACGCGAGUCGCCUCCACGACGUAUCAAACGGGAGUUUAGCUCUCCCCAUACGAAUAUAGCGGUUCCCUCGGGAGACCCACAGCAGACGUGCCUGUGCCAUGACGACGAGUCAUGUCGGUGUGACGAGCUCGAUAAUAUAAGGCCUGGAGGUCAGCAAUCCAACCGAACUAGGGGCAGUGGACGACGUGCCAGCUCCGAGGAACAUGUUGGAAGAAUGCUGCAUAGAAGCACUUCAUCGCUGUCUGAAGGAGAUCCCAGGGCUCGUAUGUCGGCUCCAUUACCGGCCAGCAUGAAAGUCAAUGAGCAGAUUGGUGGAAUGCUACCAGUAGCCAGCUCCCCGUGCUCUUCAUUACGAGGCAAUAAGGAUGUUCUGAGGCCGCUAAGUGCCAAUGCACCUCUACUGCCGCGACCGAGACUGACUCCGAUAUCAGCGCCCAAUGGAGCUCGCAAAAGUACUCGAUCUAAGGUUGGCGUUCUCUCUGAGGACGGCGAUGACUCUAGUCAGGUCAUGCCCACCCCCAAGGAUGUAGAAAUACCGCAGCCUUGCAAGGAUGCUACGCUUGAAGGGCUGCUUACGGGCCACCCGUCAGAUCUUACACCCGAUGUACCGCGUCAUCUGCGAGUGUCAGUGCACAAGAGUCAGAUGCGAACAUCUGCAAAAUCUCGAACGCCAUCUUCACACCCCGAGGCCAGGUCGCCAAAUAAACGACCUGUUGUACCAUCUAUGUCACGUGGCGUUGAACCGCCGCCACCACCUCCACAUCGUCCAGAAGAAGAGCCCUUGCGCCUGCGUGAUGUGCGGACCAUGAAGCUCGACGACUUUAGGAUUAAUCCCGACUAUCUUGGUUCGGAGUUCGCAUUUGCCGAUACGCUCCGUGGUAGGGAUCAGCGACGGGUGUUGCAUGUUUGUACGAGGUCUGACUGCUGCGGCGGUGCAAUGCAGAGCGUGAUAGCCAUGGGCGGGCAAAAGGUGUCAGGCAAGACUGACGCCCAGGCCUUGGAUGACUAUUUAGGUCCUCAGUACAAACAGAUAAUGGGAAAUUAUGAUGCGGCAAAGCGAAAAGAGGCUGUGCUGCAGGCCCAUGUGCACGCGUUCACAAAGCAGCAUGGGAAACAUCGACAAGCUUUCGAGCGACAGAGUACUCCGGCUAACUUCUGGCGAACUGACUUCCCGACUACCCAAGAGAACCUGGAAGACCGCCAAAAAUCUCACGAAAAAGAUCGACAGGAUAUCGAAAUCCGCUAUCGUGAAGCCAUGCGACAUGGCGGACGAUGGCGAUUCAGAGAUGAGUAAUAAAAAUAAAAUACAUGCAGAGCAAUUAAGCUCUAGCGAAGGCGCGCCAAGACGUUCAUCCGGUUUUGGCAACAUGAGAGCAUGGAGACUGAUGGUGUACGUGAGUAUGGGUGUAUCUUGGCUGAACUUGCUCACAGCCGUCUCGUUCAAAAUGUUGUGAUACAGCUUUUCUGUUCAACGCCAAUCCAUUCCAAUUUCCAUUUCCAUUCCCAUCCCCAUCCCAUCCAAUUCAUCACAGCAUCACUCUUGCCACGAGCGACUUACACAGUCGCCAAUGUACGAAAAUAAAUGAUCAUAUCUCGUUGAAAAGUAGGCAUGCAAUCAAC